UUUAACUGAACUAUUUUUCAACAUGGUGCUGGAUUUAAACUUCUCUCGUUACGAUAACACGACGCCAUUUGGUUUUAAACUGAUCGGUGGUGCUGAUUUCGACGUGCCUUUGACGGUGGUUAAAAUCUUACCCGGAAGCAUCGCCGAAGAUGUCGGCAUGCACAUUGGGGAUGUGGUGAUGCGCAUCAAUGACAUACCGACGGGCAACAUGUCGUAUUACGAUGCACAUCAGCUGUUGGCCUGUGCCGGUAACCAGUUCGUGCUCGGCAUCUUAAGGGCACGCGAUGUAACGCCGUCCCAACGUCUCAUCAAGGAGAAAACGCCGUCUGGUGAGGUGGAGUACAUUAACACCUCACCGAAACCGUUCUGGACGCCAAAUGUUGGCAGCCCAUGCCCUCUGGGCCUAUCGAAGGAGGAACGACAGCAACAGAUCGACGAACAGAUCCCCGAGAUACCGAUCACCGAUGAGCAGAUUGCCGAGGUCCUCUCGGGUGAGGCCGAAGUACUCAAGCAGCACAACGUGAUCGGCGUGAACUUUAACAAGAUGAUCCCCAAGGCGGGAGUGUUCAAGCAGAGCGAAGUGUUCAAGACGCUCAACAGCGAGCUGGUGCAGAGCGAGGAGGAGGACAAGAAGUGGACAACCUUCCUGCAGAAACCGCAGCGACCGCCGCCGAAGACUCCCGAGGAGCGGAAGCUCGAACGGAACCCUCCGACCGAGCGCUACCAGGUACGAAUUGUGAAGCAACCGAAACCGAAAAUUGCCCCCGACUACAAGCCACCCAAAUCACCGGAACCCGAGCCGGAACCGGAACCGAUACCGAUGUACGACGAGUACUUGAACGAACGGCAGGAGGUGGAGGUGGAAACGAUCAAAACACUCGUGGAAGAGCCGGUCGUGCCGGGCGAACCGAAGACAGGUGAAGGUAGUGUAGACCCGGCGGCAACCACCAGCCCGAGCGAAGAGGAACCCACCGAAGAGUUCCGCGAACAGUUGCAGAAUGUCCAGAAGCAGCUGGAAGCGUUGUCUGCGUUGCCGAAUACGAUCCAGGCUACGAUAGCCGCGCUGACCGAACAGCUAGCCGCGUUGGCAGCACCGAAACGGAAAUCCAAGAGUAUCUCACCCCGACCGGAAGAAGCGGAACCAAUUGUGGGUGAGGGCACUGAACAGUCGGCGGCACCGGAAGGCAUCGUGCCCGAAGUGUCCGAGACGUUCGAGGUGACCGAGUUUAGCAGGGCGAACAGCAGCGGUGCCGAUCAGUCCUCAUCGGUUGACGAAGGCGAACACAUCCAGUACACAGAGGAAGAGCUCGCGCAGCUAGAGAAAAGGAUGAAGGAGCACGAUAUUGAGUGGACCAACCAGAACGAUAAGGAUUCCGACAGCUCCAGUCAAAACAAUGCCAGCGGUGAUCUCCGUACCGCCGUCCAGGACGAGCUGAAGCUACAGGUGGUAAAGAAGAAGAAGAAGGCGGUCAGUGCGUUCGGGCCACUGACACCACAGGAACGCCCAAUCUUUCUGCCCGGUGGACGCAAAUGGCGCACGGCCAAGGACGCAUUCAACGAGCAGUUCAUCGCGGAAGUGAUCAGCUCGCAGGCGGAACUUAUUCAGGGCACCACGCUCGGGGUUAACUUCCUCAAGUACCAGAAACCCGAGAAGGACCUCAGCUUCAUCAGAAACAGCGACGUCUACAAACUGGUACACGAUAUGGAUCCCCCCAAAAGUGGCAUAGAGCUGCGCCCGGAGAUGGUAGUAGCCGAAGAAGAUGUGCGAAAGGUAAUGAAAGACGAAACCAUAUUCCAGCCUCGCAAGUCGAAGGUUUUCCUCUAUCAAAAUUGACACCCGUACCACCUACCCCAAAACCAAACACC